GCAUUCUUUGACAACAAGCAUGGCGCAAGUAGCGCAGCCUGACUACGACAAACCAGAUGACUCAGGGGAGAUUCGCGUUAAAGUUAUCUGUCUUGGGGACAGUGCUGUUGGAAAAUCCAAAUUGGUGGAAAGGUUCCUGAUGGAUGGAUACAAACCACAACAGCUGUCAACAUAUGCAUUGACACUUUUCAACCACAAAACAGAGAUCAAUGGUCAGAAGGUAUCAGUUGAUUUUUGGGACACAGCAGGACAGGAGCGAUUCAACAACAUGCAUCCUUCUUACUACCAUCAGGCCCAUGCCUGUAUAUUGGUCUUUGAUACUACAAGAAAGGUGACCUACAAAAACCUGCCUCAGUGGCUUAAAGAACUGAGAGAGUAUAGGCCAGAAAUUCCUUGCCUUUGUGCAGCAAAUAAAAUUGAUGUGGAUACGUCAGUUACAAAAAAGACUUUCAACUUUGCAAAGAAACACAACAUGCCAUUCUACUUUGUGUCUGCAUCUGAUGGAACUAAUGUUGUAAGGUUGUUCAGAGAUGCCAUUAAGGCAGCCAUGAAGUACAAAAGUAAUCCUACAGAUAUCAUGGAUGAGAUCAUGCAAGAAUUGGAGAACUUUGAUUUGGAUCCAGGAAACAGCAAUGGAGAUUCCAGCACAGACAAGAAAUCCAAGUCAGCCAUAGGGAGUCCAGCUACAGAUGACGGAGUUGUUAUUUCAUGAGCACUUUUUUCUCUCUUAUUUUCACUUGUUCUGUAAGUUAUUGCUGCUCCUUCAUGAUUAUAAAUGUGGAUAUUUGCCUCAGGCCAUCUAUUUCUGGUGUGUGGUAUAAAUGAAUGUUGGUUUUUACUCAGUACUGUAGUUGGGCUGUAAUGGCAAGUGAAAUUGCAAGUGGGGCUUAAAUGUUAGAUUGUGACAUUCUGAAUAAUUUUCUCCUAAAAUUUCAGUUUUUACACGAAUCAUUUACUUACAAUCAUGCUUUAAAUGCAGCUGCUCACAGGUUCUCUGAGGCUAUCACGAAGGAGAACAAACUGACCUUUAUUCUUGAGGUCUCCAGUAUCAUUUGACAAAGGAAUUCUCAGUUACAUCAAACUUCUCCACGUUGCUCAGCUUUUCCUUGUACUCAGUUUGGAAAUUGUAUUGCAUGAUACCCUGAUCUGAAUAGUGCAUCUUUGCCACUGCUGCAUCUGGUCUCCAUGACAACUGACACCAGUAGACUAGUUCCACUGGCAGAUCAGUUUGUCUGGUGAUCAACUAGUACCAGUAAUGGGAUGGCCGAUGGGGAUUUAGGAGAUUGAAUGGCUUUGAGCAUAUUACUUGAAACAAAAUGUGGUGGCUUUCUUGUACUGCUUGAGAGCUGUGUUUCUGGAGCAGUUAUAAACAAUCGUUUUGCACUGAAAUUUGUACAGAAACAAUUCAGAACUUUAGCCUAUGUCAUUUAAGCCCAACAUACCGUUUCACAUUUGUCCCUUUAAAUUUCAGCUUUUACACCUCUUAGUGACCUUCACAUGAGUAAAAUAAUUCACACGUGAAAUGGAAAUUAGGGCUUAAAAAUAUGCUAACAUUUAUCCUGCAGAUGUGUGAUACCGUGCUUAUACAGCCUCAGUAGCAUUAAGUCUUUAAACAUCAGCAUUUUCUUGGGAGCUGUAAGCUAUAAUGAAACUGAAGUGAAUAAUUUCAGGAGCUUCAUGAAUUGUCAUACAUGUAUGGCUUGCCAGUGUUUGUAUGACCUAUAACUUCACAGAAGCUUCAUCACAUAAACAGUUGUCAGGAUGAUUUCAUGAGGUCAUAGCCUGUAGCUGAAAGCAAUGCAUACAUCGGUAUUGGAUCUUUCUAUUUAUGCUUUUCAGUUCUUCAGCAUUGCAUUUCAAAUGUUUGUCACCAAUACAGUGACUAUUGGCUGUCCUGAGUUCAGAUCUGGUCUUAGGCAUGCUGUUCAUUUUCUGCAUUCAGCAUCUCAUUAUAGGGCAGACUGCUAUGCCAUGAAAUAAUUAGUUGUGGGCUCUGUGGGCUCAGCAUACACCCCUUUCUGUCCCCCUAUAAUUCAUGCCAAGAAGUAUAACAGUAAGAAUUUUAAAGGGGACAUAGGGCCUGUGGCCUUCUGCUAGUGUGAUUGUAUUUUUUGAUGUGGUGCUGUUGUCUAGCUUUUUGCCAUUCUGGUGAAGGAAUUAAAAAAGGAAGAGAAUAAUCUUGCUGUGAUUUUGCUCAUGAAAGUUUGAGCUUCAACCAAAUCAAGCUUGUUUGAUUUUAUACUGGUGAUGCUAGCCUGUGUGGAACAGUAGGUGUGCACAUGCUAGAUCCUUUAAAGUCAGAAAAUUUAUCUCUCUAAAUUCUAAAACUACGUCAGUGUGGGAUCUUGCAAAAUGCAGCUGAUCACAAAAAGGCAAGAUGUUACUCUUUUUCACUUUCACCUAAGGUCUUUAUUGAAAGUCACUGCAGCAUUGUGGGUCCAACAGGUAAACAUUUAUGUUAGAAAUCAGCAGAUAUUCAGAAUAGGGGAAAGAAAGAUAUGUGUUGUUUGGCCAGACAAGUUGACAUCUGCUAUUGACAUCAGGUGCUUACUGAAUUUGUGAUAGUACAGCUUUUACACAAGCUUAUUUAAUUGUAAAUAUAUUUAUAUUUAUAUGUCUUUGUCACUUAGCAGUUGUCAAGGCAAACUCAGGGUAGUAAAGAUUAUUUUUAAAUGAUUACAAAGAACAUGUUAUGAGGACAUAAAUCUUCAUAUUACCACAAAAUUUGAUUGCUAAUAUUUAUUUUGAGAAUAAAUACUAUGUUUGGGGUUUUUUGUGCAAGGAUUUUGCAGGGGUUUUUUUUUCUUCAGUACAUUAACAAAAUAAUGAGUAUUUGACAUUUUGAAUAAACAUGCGUAAAUGUA